GGGCGGGGCUUGCCGCCGGCGAAGGGCGGGGCGCGCGGGGCCUGCCUCAGACCUGAGCGGCGCAGCGGGGUUUUGGCCAAAUUGGGCGAGGGCACAAAAUAACCACUUACCCCUUCUCACCGAGGAAGAGCGGGAGAAAGGGUAUGGCCCAGUCUCAAGGAUGGGUGAAAAGAUACUUCAAAGCCUUUUGCAAGGGCUUCUUCGUGGCAGUGCCCGUGGCAGUGACUGUUUUGGACCGAGUUGCCUGUGUGGCGAGAGUGGAAGGUGCAUCCAUGCAGCCUUGUUUGAAUCCUGGAGGUAGCCAGUCAUCUGACGUGGUGCUUUUGAAUCACUGGAAAGUGAGAAACUUCGAAGUUCAACGUGGUGACAUUGUGUCAUUGGUGUCUCCUAAAAACCCACAACAGAAAAUCAUUAAGAGAGUGAUUGCUCUUGAAGGAGAUAUUAUAAGAACCAUCGGACACAAAAACCGCUAUGUUAAAGUCCCCCGUGGUCACAUCUGGGUUGAAGGUGAUCAUCAUGGACACAGUUUUGACAGUAACUCUUUUGGGCCAGUUUCCCUGGGACUUCUGCACGCCCAUGCUACACAUAUCCUGUGGCCUCCAGCGCGCUGGCAGAAACUGGAAUCUGUUCUUCCUCCAGAGCGCUUGCCAGUUCUGAGUGAGGAAUAAUCAUCCCGCGAAUCUGCUUGACUUGCUGGUGUUGGGGCGCAGGAUGGAGAAGCGCAACCUCAAGGGGGAAUGUAGCAAACAUCUGUUUCACAUUACAGUGGUCUGUGUUAUAGUUGCAACUAUUACUCAGGACCUGCUGUGGUGUUAAACCUUAGUACUUUCUUGUGUAAUGCCAAAAACAAAAAAUAUAAACCUUUGAGAAUCUGAAAAUAUUGUACCUAUGUUAAAAAAAAUAAACUUGAGAUUAGUUGUUAUACAUGCAUGUACCACUGAUAAUUGGGUUUUGCUGCUGGCUUCUGGAAAAUUGGAAAAUUAGUCCUCAGCAAAAAUAAUCUGUGACUGCUAAGUAGAAUGUAGAGAAAUGUGCAUGAUGUGUGUGCUGUUGAAACGGACAGAAGCUACAAUGCAGUACUGCGGGGAGGAACAGUACACUGUGAUGAACUAAUAAACCAAUGAU